AUGGAUUUUCCGACCGACGUGGCGGAGUUUGAUAGCGAUCCGCGCAUCUCGUUCUCGAAACUGGACAACAGCUUCCUACUGGAGACAAGCGAUGGUCGCGAGUUCUUGUUCAACAGUAUUCUGAAGAGAUGGGUUGAGACGAUCGACGAGGCGCUCAUCCGCAAGCAGCAGGGGUACGGCUCAGACGACGGCGAAACUGAAAUCGUUCAUCCGCGUGACCGUAAGAAGCGAAAGAACUCUCAUGACGGGACCGAUGAACCCAAGGUAAAGAAGCCCCGUGUGAACACCGCUGUGUGGGUUACCAAGAUUCCCCUUGACGCCGAGUUGUCUGAGAUUCAAGACCUGUUUUCGAAGUAUGGAAUCCUCGCAGAGGAACUGGACACCGGAAAGCCACGGAUUAAAAUGUACACCGACGAAAAUGGCAACUUCAAUGGCGAGGCUUUGGUUGUGUACUUCCGACCGGAGUCAGUCAAGCUCGCGAUUGACUGUCUCGACGAGACGGACUUCCGACUAGGUCCCCACAACCCAGCUGGACCGAUGCGCGUUCAGACGGCCGACUUUUCGUACAAACGUGAAAAGGAUGUGGAGCCGAAGGUUACCAUGACUGCGAAAGAAAAGAAGAAGCUCAAGGAGCGUGCGGAGCGAUUGAACAAGAAACUUUCCGACUGGGGUGAUGAUGAGGCCGAGCAGACCUUAAAGGCGAUUAAGGCUGCCGAGGAGGCUACACGACAUGUGAUUCUGAAACAUAUGUUUACACGGGAAGAACUGGAGGAAGAUCCGCUCGCCAGUAUUGAGAUUCACGAUGACAUUCUCAGCGAGUGCUCUAAGAUUGGUGACGUGGCCAAAGUCGUGGUCUGGGACGGAGAAGCUGAUGGGGUUGUUACUGUUCGAUUUGUCUCAACCGCGGACGCACGUCGCUGUGUCAAGACCAUGAACGGGCGCUACUUCGGAGGCAAUACUGUUGUUGCUUACAUCUGGGAUGGAGAUGAGAAGUUUAACAAGCACAACCCCCGACGAGACGCAGGGGGCAAUACGGCGAACCCUCUGGAUGCAGACGAUGAGGAGAACGAGCGCCUUGAGCGGUUUGGAGAUUGGCUGGAAAGCGGCGCAAACCAGAAGACCGACAAGAACCAGGAAAUCGCCAAUGACAAGACUGCCAAGGAGGAGGCAGAUGAGGGCCAGGAAACUGGCACGAACUAG